AUGUGUUUCUCUAUUCAUGUGACCAAUGAUCAAAAGCUGUUGUUGAACACCCUACAAGUUGUGUUCAAUAUGGUACUGAGAGAUGAUCCCUCUACUUAUCACAUUGAAGAAAUCUUGAAACAACCACUCCAGGUCAUAUGUACAACAAAGAAUUUUUGCCCUUCUCAGCCAGAUUCUUUAUUAUUGGACCUUUUGAGUGGGUUUGUGCACUUUACCUACAAGUACUUCCGAGGUCAAGCACUGGUUGCAAACAUCAAGGUAAAAGACGGAUUCCUGACUGGCAUGUGUAUGGUUGACCUCAGUCAUUGCUGUGGAACUACUUGCUUUGCACUAGACUUGAAGCCAAAAUCUUUCAAGUAUGAGAAUGUGGGUACGCAGGAUAAUGAAACCCCCAAAUUGGAGGAAGAUGAGUCAGAAGAACGUGGUCAUGAGGACAAUGCUCAAAAUGAGAUUCUUGAUUGUUUGAAUUAA